AAAUUGCUGUGUCUGACGGGGACAUAGUGAAUACAGAAGCUGUGGGAAAUAUAGGUUCCCUAAAAGCUAACGCAAUCCAAAGAGGCGUAUUGUUCAUUUGUCUCAUUCUGUGUUUUGUUAAAGUGUGGGUUGUUGCUUUUGUAUGUACUUGACACAAAUACACUUACCAUGAACCUCUCUCCUCUGUAUAACAUCAUCUCACCCUCCCUCCCUAAACACCGUCACUACGUCAUUUCUCGACGAGUGUCCCCCUCUUCCCCUCCCCGUCGCCGCCAUCUGCGCCGCCGCCUCCUUAAAAAGUUCUCCCGGGAAGUGUCUUCUCCACCCUCCGAUGAAAACCUCCACUUCAUCCUUACCGUCGAUAGUUUGCCUACCAAAUCGUUUCUCCACUCCAAGCUUGGCGAAUUCGUACACUCAAGCCGAGCCGCCAUUGAAGACUUGCAAACUCUAAUCCGCAUAGAUAGCAAUAACGGCAGAGUUUUCUUCUCCUGCACAAGGUCCACCGUUAAAUUCCUAGCAACUCUACUACUUACCACUUCCAUACUUAUUUUCACUCUUAGGGCUAUUUUUAAGCUACUGCUCGGGUUACGACUCAACAACCCAAACAACAACGUUGAGUUAGUGUAUAAAAGAGACCGUAGUUUGGGUGGAAGACAAGUACUCGUUGCAAGAAAUGGGACUGUUGCUGAUAGGAACAAACCAAAUGUGUUGGAUAAUAAUUCGGAUUGGGGGAGUCGAAUUAGGUUUUCCAGGAGACGAAACAAGAAGAGCUCCGUGGAGCAGUUGCCCAAAUGGUGGCCUGUUUCGACUGCUGGUUCGGAGCAAGUUGGAGCAGAGAAUCAACAAGAGUAUCAGAGAAUGGCCAAUAGAUUGAUUCGAGCCAUCUUGGACAAUAGAAUGACGGGGAAGGACAUUUUGGCGGACGAUAUUAUUCAAUUACGGCGCAUAGGGAGGAUAUCAGACGUGAAAGUUUCAUUUGAUACUGAGAAUGCACGUGAUACCCUUUAUCGCGUGGCAAUCGACUUUGUUCUUAAUUAUUGUGAAAGCAUUGCAAGCCAGUCAGCAUUUGUUCUAAUUGAUGGUGAGGAAGCGCAAAACUUCGUUGCUGGUCUUGCUGUUAAUGUUGGACUUGAGAGUACUCAGGCUGCAAGAAUGGUGUCUGCAGCUGUUGCUGCACGCACUAGGUCAAGGUUCUUGCAAGCUUGGGCCUUGGAGAUACAAGGAAAGCAUUCUGAAGCUGUGGUGGAACUGUCAAAAGUAUGUGCCAUUCACCAGAUAUUUCCUCCUGAAGAGUUCUCGCCUGAGAUGGAGAUGGUGGCUCGUGGACUUGAGAAACACUUAAAAGUAGACCAAAGGGAGUUCCUAAUGAACAGUCUUCUACGUGUGUGUGGUGAUGGGACCAGGAGAAGUGUGGCUGAAGCUUUGGGUCUGAUGUACUUGAAGGAUAACAUCGUUCAUCAAGAGGAAAACAAGUAUACAUAAAUCACUAAUUUAAUCUUGUACUAUUGGUGCGUACAGGAAUUGAUUUUUAAAGAUUAAUAAUGUUUAUACUAAAAAAGAAAUUGGUCUACAACUAAUACUACCUGUAUGCAACAACCUUCCAGAAUGCUUCGAGUAGAUUAUCGAAUGCAUCAAUGUAAAAGGUAAAAGUGUUAAAUGCAUAUAUUACAUUCUACUUGUGCUGAAAA